UUAUGGGACGUGUGGGGCUGAAGUUGUGGGGCCGCCCCACAGGCUGGAACGAGCUGCUGAUCGCGUCGUUCUCGCACCGCUCCAUCGCGGUUCAGGAUGGGAUCCUUUUGGCCACGGGGCUCCACGUCCAUCGCAGCAGCGCCCACAGCGCCGGCGUCGGGGCCAUCUUCGACAGGGUUCUGACGGAGCUGGUGUCGAAGAUGCGCGACAUGAGGAUGGACAAAACGGAGCUGGGCUGCCUGCGCGCCAUCAUCCUCUUCAACCCCGACGCCAAAGGUCUCUCGAACCCCGCGGAGGUGGAGGUGCUGCGGGAGAAGGUUUACGCAGCGCUGGAGUCCUACUGCAAACAGAAAUACCCCGAGCAGCAGGGAAGGUGGGGGAGCCCCAAAAUGACCCAAAUUCGGGGCUUUUUGACCCAAAAUCCCCACCGGCUUCCACCCCAAAGCCCAAAAAGCCCCGAAAGUUGGGAGUAAAACGGGAGGAAAAAG